AUGCUUCGAUUACACACAGUCCUUCGCCACAUGAGGCCCGUGUCCAGGGCACUGGCGCCUCACCUCACUCGGGCUUAUGCCAAAGAUGUAAAAUUUGGUGCAGAGGCUCGAGCCUUAAUGCUGCAAGGUGUAGACCUUUUAGCCGACGCCGUCGCCGUUACUAUGGGGCCAAAGGGAAGAACAGUGAUUAUUGAACAGAGCUGGGGAAGUCCCAAAGUAACAAAAGAUGGUGUGACCGUUGCAAAGUCCAUUGACUUAAAAGAUAAAUAUAAAAACAUUGGCGCCAGACUUGUUCAAGAUGUUGCCAAUAACACAAACGAAGAGGCUGGGGAUGGCACUACCACUGCUACUGUGCUGGCACGCUCCAUCGCCAAGGAAGGCUUUGAGAAGAUCAGUAAAGGUGCUAACCCGGUGGAAAUCAGAAGAGGUGUGAUGUUAGCAGUUGAUGCUGUAAUUUCUGAACUUAAGAAGCAGUCUAAACCUGUGACAACUCCUGAAGAAAUAGCUCAGGUUGCUACAAUUUCUGCAAAUGGAGACCAAGAAAUUGGCAACAUAAUUUCUGACGCAAUGAAAAAGGUUGGAAGGAAAGGAGUCAUCACUGUAAAGGAUGGAAAAACACUGAAUGAUGAAUUAGAAAUUAUCGAAGGCAUGAAGUUUGAUCGAGGUUAUAUUUCUCCAUACUUUAUUAAUACAGCAAAAGGUCAGAAAUGUGAAUUCCAAGAUGCAUACGUUCUCUUGAGUGAAAAGAAAAUUUCUAGUGUUCAGUCCAUCGUACCUGCUCUUGAAAUUGCCAAUGCUCACCGCAAGCCCUUGGUCAUAAUUGCUGAAGAUGUUGAUGGAGAAGCUCUCAGUACACUUGUUUUGAAUAGGCUAAAAGUUGGUCUUCAGGUUGUAGCAGUCAAAGCUCCAGGUUUUGGGGACAAUAGGAAGAACCAGCUUAAAGACAUGGCUAUUGCUACUGGUGGUGCCGUAUUUGGAGAAGAAGGAUUGACUCUCAACCUAGAAGACGUUCAGCCUCAUGACCUAGGAAAAGUUGGAGAGGUCAUUGUGACCAAAGAUGAUGCCAUGCUCUUGAAAGGAAAAGGUGACAAGGCUCAGAUUGAAAAACGUAUUCAAGAAAUCAUCGAGCAGUUAGAUAGCACAACUAGUGAAUAUGAAAAGGAAAAACUGAAUGAACGCCUGGCCAAACUCUCAGAUGGGGUAGCUGUGUUGAAGGUUGGUGGGACAAGUGAUGUUGAAGUGAAUGAGAAGAAAGACAGAGUCACAGAUGCCCUCAAUGCCACACGCGCUGCUGUGGAGGAAGGCAUUGUCCUGGGAGGGGGCUGUGCCCUGCUUCGGUGCAUUCCAGCCUUGGACUCAAUAACUCCAACUAAUGAAGAUCAAAAAAUUGGUAUAGAAAUUAUUAAGAAAGCACUAAAAAUUCCUGCAAUGACCAUUGCUAAGAAUGCAGGUGUUGAGGGAUCAUUGAUAGUUGAGAAAAUUUUGCAAAGUUCCUCAGAACUUGGUUAUGAUGCCAUGCUUGGAGAAUUUGUGAAUAUGGUGGAAAAAGGAAUCAUUGAUCCAACUAAGGUUGUAAGAACUGCUUUACUGGAUGCUGCUGGCGUGGCCUCUCUGUUAACAACAGCAGAAGUUGUGGUCACAGAAAUUCCCAAAGAGGAGAAGGACCCUGGGAUGGGAGGGAUGGGUGGAAUGGGAGGAGGGAUGGGAGGCGGCAUGUUCUAG